AAGGAGAAGAGAUGGCUGCUGGAGCUAAGGCAUCCUGGAUGGUGGCGAUGAGCGUGGCCGCCGUGGAGGCGCUCAAGGACCAGGCCGGACUCUGCCGCUGGAACUACGCGCUGAGAUCCAUCCACCGUGCCGCCAUGGCCAAGGCCAGCGCCCGCAGCGCUGUCUCCCAGGGCAAGAAGCAGCUUCCGGCCUCUGCGCCGGCGGUGGCAGAGCAGCGGCGAGCGCAGAAGGCGGAAGAAGGGUUGAGGACGGUGAUGUACCUCAGCUGCUGGGGACCCAACUAGUAGGUACAGCUGCUAGGUACAGGCGUUUUGCUGCAGCAAUGGCCUGGCCUGAGACUUGGCUGGUUGCCCCCCAUUGUAAUAUACCACCACGAUGAUGAUGAUGAUGAUGAAAAUUUCAGUCACCUAGCUGAGUUUACCA